GAUUACGUCUAGCUUGAAAGUGUUGUGUCUGGACUGAACGUUCAACAAUGUAGAUCCAGGAAGCCUUCUUUGCAACAUAUUGUCUGUGUUUCUGCACCCUUAUGGACAUUCAUUCUUGUCCCUCUCUCAGCUGUCUGUCCUCCGGAGGCCUGGGGGCUGGGACGCUCGGUGACGCCGAUGAGAGAGCAGGGCUGUCCGGGUUCUGCUGUCAACAUUACCGGGGAUGAGAUGUGUUUUCUGGCUUUCAUUUUGAGGCAUCAUCGUUAAUUAAACUUCCACCAUGAGGAUCUUCUUGUCCCUGCUGAAGAACACCAACCCUAAGAUCGAGUUUUACUCCAGGUUCUCUCCCUCCCCUCUCUCCAUAAAGCAGUUCCUGGAUUUUGGUCGGGACAAUGCCUGUGAGAAGACGUCCUACAUGUUCCUGCGCAAGGAGCUGCCGGUGCGGCUGGCCAACACCAUGAGGGAGACCAACCUGCUGCCGGACCCCCUGCUGAGCCAGCCCUCCGUCAGGCUGGUGCAGAAAUGGUACAUGCAAAGCUUCGUGGAGCUUCUGGAUUAUGAGAACAGAAAGCCGGAGGACCCUCACGCCCUGAAUGAUUUCCUGGACCUGUUGAUUGAGAUCCGUAACCGGCACAACGACGUGGUUCCCACCAUGGCGGCGGGGGUCAUCGAGUACAAGGAGAAGUUCGGCUUCGACCCGUUCAUCAGCAGCAACAUCCAGUACUUUCUGGACCGCUUCUACACCAACCGCAUCUCCUUCCGCAUGCUCAUCAACCAACACACGCUUCUGUUCGGUAACGACACGAACCCUGCACAUCCCAAACACAUCGGCAGCAUCGACCCCACCUGCAGCGUGGCUGAGGUCGUCAGUGACGCCUACGACACGGCCCGGAUGCUCUGUGAGAAAUAUUACUUAGCUUCUCCCAAGCUGAAGAUCGAAGAGUUUAACAUGAAGGCCCCGGAUAAGCCCAUCCAGGCGGUGUACGUGCCCUCUCAUCUGUUCCACAUGCUGUUCGAGCUCUUCAAGAACUCGAUGAGAGCCACUGUGGAGCUCCACGAGAACAACGAGGAAGGGCUUCCUCCAGUGAAGGCCAAAGUCACUCUGGGUAAAGAGGAUCUCUCUAUAAAGAUCAGCGACAGAGGAGGAGGAGUUCCCCUGAGGAAGAUCGAUCGUUUGUUCAACUACAUGUACUCCACCGCUCCUACACCCAGCCUGGAGCCAGGAGCUGUCCCUCUGGCUGGAUUUGGAUACGGUUUGCCGAUUUCCAGGCUGUACGCCCGAUACUUCCAGGGGGAUCUGAAAUUGUACUCCAUGGAGGGCGUUGGCACCGACGCCGUCAUCUAUCUGAAGGCUCUCUCCAGCGAGUCCUUCGAGCGGCUGCCCGUCUUCAACAAGUCGGCGUUGCGACACUACAAGACGAGCCCCGAGGCCGACGACUGGAGCAACCCGAGCAAGGAACCCCGCGAUGCCACUCCCUCUGAUCCGAAAAGAAAGGAGAGUAGCUGAAGAGUUCAUCACUGCCAAUGCCUUCGUACCCUGACAGUGUCACUGAAGGACAGACCUGCAGUAAACAGUGUCACAAACAAAGGCCCGCUCGCCACCUGUAAUCACUUCCAACGGCUAUCAAAGGGAACAUUUAAAGUGUGUUCUUAGGAGGCGUGGGGAUCUUCAGUAGUCGUGGACCUUUACUGUUAAAGAUUUUAGUAAAUAUUGUGUACAUAACGAUGUGUUUGCAGUACAGUGUGGAGUGAUCUCUGUUGUCCCUCCUCCUGUACCUCCAGCUUUAUGCAUGAACCCCUUGCUGUGUAGGCGUUCAUGCAAACAUGCAAAAUGGUGAUAGAGCAGUCUGAUGAUCCGCAUGAGACCCCCCACAAUAAAGACCAUGCUGCUGUUGUGUGCCACUCUCUACAUCGUUUGUUGUGAUAAAAAGGAGCUUUCAAUUCA